AGCAAUAUGGCUGUCAGUAUAAAUUUGAUGCUUGAACAUGCGUUUCUCUCCGAAAAAUUUGACAAGUAGUCUAUCUAUCUGUCGACUUUUUCGAAAUAUACAGCGUAAUGUGAUUUUUGAGAAAUCAAUACAGUGGGAAACGGCUAUGCGGGUUAGCUAAAGCGUAGCAAUAAAAUAAACUAUAUUUUAAAAUCAGGCUGGACAGAUUAUUUAUACUAUUGGAAACAGGGACAAAUGCAGUAACUAAAAGAGCUGCGGCACAACAAUUAGGAGAAGCACAGAGGUUACACCCUCAUGAUUUACAUCAUUUAUUAGCAAGAGUUUCUAUUCUUUUAAAGUCUCUACAAUGGGAUACCAGAGUUUCAGCUGCACAGGCUGUACAAGCUAUACUUGCUCAAGUUCCUGCUUGGGAUCCACAACCUAUCAAAAAAGAAACACGUACAGAAGAUGGAGAAACAAAAAGACCAAAUAAUAAAUUAAAUUUGGAAGACUUUGAUAUGGAAAAGGUUUUAGCACGUAGUUCAUAUCUUACUGGAUCAGAAGGCAGUGAAUAUGAUUUAAUUGUUGCUGAUGGGGAGCAAAUGUUACUUCCUAAUCAAGAGGAAAAAAUUGCUGCUAAAUUAGGCCUUCAUCCGCGAUUAAUGGGUGUUGAUACAUCAGAAUUAUUUACCGCUGAAGAUCUUACUCCGGUUGUAUUACCACCUACCUCAAAUACACAGACUAAAGUAUCUGUGAGUGAAACAUUAAAACAACCUGGUGGUCUUAGUAGACGCGAAAUGAAUAGAGCUAGACGUAAGGCACGACAGUCAGUUUUAAAACAACGUUCACGAGAGCCUGAUGAUUAUCGUAAUAGCGAAGAUUAUCAGAACAAUUCAAAUGCUCAAUCUCCUAUCAAUAGUACAGCCGAGUCACUGAAUAAAAAAAUAAAAUUAGAGGAAGUGAUUUCGUUAGAGAUCGGUGUUAAUUGCAGUACACAGACUGAAUCAAAUAACGGAGUACCAGAUGGCACAGGUUGCUGGCCAGAUUCUCUAAUAGAUUGGCCUCUGGAAUCGUUCGCAGAAAGUCUCUGUCAAGAUUUAUUUAGUCAAAAAUGGGAAAUAAGACAUGGAGCAGCAACUGCUUUACGGGAGGUGGUAAAACUUCAUGGGAAAGGUAAAUCAAGGGAUCAAACUGCAGAGGAAAUGGCAGAAAGUCAUUAUCAAUGGCUUGUUGAUGCUGCUUUACGACUACUAUGUGUUUUAGGAUUAGAUAGAUUUGGAGAUUUUGUUUCUGAUCAAGUAGUUGCGCCAGUACGAGAGACGUGUGCUCAAGCACUAGGUUCUCUUUUAUUACUAGUGCCAAAUCAAAAAGAUAAUGAAAAUAAAAAUAGGGGAAUUAUAGGAAUACUUUCAGUUAUGUUGAAAUUGUUAGAGCAUGAUGAAUGGGAAGCAAGACAUGGUGCGCUACUCGCACUGAAAUAUCUACUCGCUGUACGAGAUGACAUGUUAGACGAUAUACUAACGAGAGUAUUUCCAGCCAUUAUGCAAGGUCUUUCCGAUCCGGUCGAUGAUGUAGGCGCUGCUGCAGCAAGCGCGCUUAUACCAGUAGCAUCUGCUCUACCACGUUUAUUAAAACCAUCAGAAUUAGAAGCAAUUGUAAUUCGUCUUUGGGAACUUUUACACGAACAAGAUGAUUUAGCAGCAGCAUGUAAUAGUUUUAUGGGAUUACUCGCUGCUAUACUUUCGUUGUCUUCGGCGCGCUCUUGUCUCACACCUCAGCCAUUGUCGCAAGUUUUACCACGAUUAUGGCCAUUCCUUAGUCAUUCUAGUUCGAGUGUACGUAAAGCCACUUUACAAACACUACAAACAUUAACCGGAGACAACGGUACUUGUAAUGAGAAUAAAAAAGAGCGAUGGGGUGAAGGAGGCGGACUUGUAUUGCAAGAAGCUCUCCGUCAUGUUUUUCAACGAGUGUUGAUAGAACACGUAGUUGCCAUACAAGACGUAGCUGAACGUGUUUGGGAAAAUCUAGUCGUACAAAGUGAUCUCGAGCUUUUAUUACAUGCAGCAUGUCCUCUUGUCAGCACGUGGCUCUGUCUUGCUAUGCAACCGGAACACGUGCCAUUUAAUCCGAACUUACUAAUGAUAGUAAGCACUUCUAAUAAAGGAGUUAAAUCUAAUCAAGUCGUUGGUAUUUGCGAUGGACAAGCAGAUGCUAGUAACAACGGAGGGAAUAAUACUGCUGGCGGAAAUGUAAAAUCCAUGUCUGAAUUGAAAAUUUAUAUCGGUGGAAUUGAAACCGUAGCUCAAAACAUAAGGAAAUUGAACGUAGUUCAAGCUCGUUGUAGAGCGGGACGAAUGUUAGGAUUGUUAUCGCAUUACGUAGUACAACCAGCACCGGGUGUUAUUUACACACCGGAUAUACCUAGUCCUUCACUUUGUUACGCUAAAGUAUUACUGGCACAUCUUAAUUCGCGUUCGGCAUUACAACGCACCGUUGCAGGUUUAACGAUGUCUCAUUGGGCGACUGUAAAUAACAUGAAACCACCUGCAAUACCAGAUAUUUUAAGGAAGAAACUAUUGGAGUGUCUGAACGAGUAUAUAUACUACGACGAAAUUGCCACAUCUUUCACUCGCCUAUUGUACGACAGUCGUGAUUACAUUGCCACUCUCAAACAUUAUAAAUUGCCUGUUCCUAUCGAAACAAAUGCAUCGGGAGUGAUGACGCUCGAUCAAAUUGCAAAUCUUGUUGGCAAACCGAUUUCGAAACUUUGUGCCAUGGGCAAUACGACGAACUCCGGAGGAUCAAAUGGAAAUGUUAACAGCAAUCCUAGCACGAUUAAAUUGAAACCAAAGUUGAUCGAAAGUUUAGAAGAAAGGCGAAAAGCGUUGGAAGUGGGGGCCGCUGAUACAGCAGCUCAACAGCUUUCGUACAAUGUUAUGUCAAUGGCAGCACUCGCUGGCGCUGCAACAAUGUUACAUUGUCUUCCUCCAUCUCCACAACCUCUUAACCCAUUGGUAAAACCAUUAAUGGAAGCUAUUAAACGUGAGGAGAACGAAAAACUACAAAAACUGGCUGCAAAGCAUUUGUCCUAUCUAGUUGAUCUUUGUGUAGAUAGAAAUCCUUCUCCUAAUGCCAAGAUAUCAACCAAUUUAUGUACAUUCCUAUGCUCGGAUAGUGAAUUCACACCUCGUGUGAAUUGUAAUACGGACACAGAUCUGUUUGACGGAAUUCUUACUUUAAACAAUAGACAGAAACAUGCUGAAAGAAUAGCUUAUAAUCGGGGAACCAACAGCGGACUUGGUGGAGGCAGAGGGCCUGGUCGACCACCAACAACUGAAAUUCCUUUAGAAGAACUACUUGCUUGCGAAGAACCCGAAGCCAAAGCUGCUAGAACACGUCGUCGCGGAGCUACUUUGGCGCUUACUGCUAUAACUACCCUGUUUGGUGCACAAUUGCCUACACGUUUGCCACAUCUUUGGGAACUAAUAUUACCAAAUAUAUUACGAGAAGAGAACAAAAUUGAUGGCCGUGAAAAUACUCAAGAAGAAGUGAAUCAAUUAAUUUUUGGUUUGCAAGUUUUAGAAAUUAUGGCUCCCAGUCUUGAUAAAGCUUUGCUGCCUCCUGCUUUAGAAUGCCUUUCAUGUUUAUGUAAAUUAUUGGCUCAUUCUUAUAAAGCCGUCAGGCAUAUGGCGGCCAGAUGUAUCGCUGUACUAGCUACGUUAGAUACGAAGAAGAUAAUACUAUACGUAACACGCCAUGUAAUACCACUUCUCGAAACAACCGGCGGAGAGAAAAUAUAUUCAUCAACUGUAACAGCACCAAAUGAAGUAGAUUCAAUAAGACAAGGCGCAGCUGAAUCGUUAGCGUGUCUCGUCGAAAGUUUAGGAGUUCAUAUUGUUCCAUACGCUGUAUUGUUUAUGGUUCCUUUACUUGGACGUAUGAGUGAUCAGAAUCAGGCUGUAAGAUUAGCUUGUAGUGCUACGUUUGCAACACUCGUACAACUUUUACCUCUUGAUCCUGGUGCGAUUGCGGAUCCACCAGAAUUAGUAGAAAAGAAAGCGCAAGAGCGGCGGUUCUUGGAACAACUUUUGAAUCCACGCAGUAUUCCAGAUACCGAAUUAGUUAUUUCAGUAGCUGCAGAAUUGCGUUCGUAUCAACGACAAGGCUUGAACUGGUUAAACUUCUUAAAUCGUUAUCGGCUUCAUGGAGUUCUGUGCGAUGACAUGGGCCUUGGAAAAACGUUGCAAACUCUUUGUAUAUUAGCGCUGGAUCAUCACCGUAACCCUCAAACUCCACCAAGUUUAGUAGUGUGUCCACCAACUCUGACUGGUCACUGGGUAUAUGAAGCAGAAAAGUUCUUCGAAACCAAAGAUCUCUCGGUGUUACAAUAUGCUGGUAUUCCACCAGAACGUGAAAAAUUACGUCUAAAGGUUACUUAUCACAGGCUCGUCGUUGCAAGUUAUGACAUAGUGCGUAAGGAUAUCGAUUACUUUGAAACUCGACAAUGGAACUACUGUGUGCUCGACGAAGGCCACAUUAUCAAAAAUGGAAAAACGAAAAGUGCAAAGGCAACUAAACGAUUGCACGCGAAUCACAGACUUAUACUCUCGGGGACACCAGUACAAAAUAACGUACUUGAACUAUGGUCCUUGUUUGACUUUUUAAUGCCAGGUUUCUUAGGCACUGAAAAACAAUUUGCGGCGAAGUAUUCACGUCCUAUACUAGCCUGUAGAGAACCAAAAGCUGGUCCGAAAGAACAAGAAGCGGGAGCCUUGGCAAUGGAAGCACUUCAUAGACAAGUUUUACCAUUCUUACUUAGACGAAAUAAGGAAGAUGUCCUCCAAGAUUUACCACCCAAAAUUACGCAAGAUUAUUAUUGUGAUUUAUCACCCUUACAACGUAUGCUAUAUGAGGAUUUCCGUACUCGACAUUCUGCAAGUUUAUUAUCCAGUACAUCGUGUACUUCAACUGGAAAUGAUGCACAUGGUAGUCAUGUUUUCGAAGCAUUACGAUAUCUACGUAAUGUUUGCAAUCAUCCGAAAUUAGUAUUGAGUCAACAACAUCCAUUAUACACGACAGUAUCCAAUAUAUUAAAGCAACAAAAGAGUUCGUUAGCAGAAAUAGAACAUGGAGCCAAAUUACCUGCAUUAAAACAGUUAUUAUUAGACUGCGGCAUAGGACAACCACAGCAACAACAAAGUCGUAAUUCUGCAGCUCCUGGUGCUACACCAGAUAAUCAACCACCGCAGCAACAACAAUUAGUGAGCCAACAUCGAGCUCUAAUUUUCUGUCAAUUGAAAGUAAUGUUAGAUAUCGUAGAAAAAGAUCUUCUUCGUACACAUCUACCAACUGUUACAUAUCUUCGUCUCGAUGGAAGUAUACCAUCAACACAAAGGCAUUCCGUAGUGGCACGUUUCAACGCAGACCCAUCAAUAGACGUGCUUUUGCUCACGACUCAAGUCGGUGGUAUUGGACUGAAUUUAACUGGUGCAGACACUGUUAUAUUCGUGGAACAUGAUUGGAAUCCUAUGAAAGAUCUUCAAGCGAUGGAUCGAGCACAUCGUAUUGGCCAAAAGAAAGUGGUGAAUGUAUAUAGAUUAAUCACGAGAUCAACAGUAGAAGAAAAGAUUAUGGGUCUGCAAAAAUUCAAGCUUCUCACUGCAAAUAUUGUAAUUUCGCCGGAAAACGCGUCUCUAGAAACGAUGGCAACGGAUCAGUUAUUAGAUUUAUUUUCAUUGGACAAUGGCAAAGGAAAAAAAUCAGAAAUACAAGAUGGUGCCAUGUCUAAAAUUACUGGAUUGCCAGGAAUUAGCCGCUCUGUUUUAGAAAUCCUUCCUGAAUUAUGGGAACAACAACAAUAUGAUGAUGAAUAUGAUUUCAACUCAUUUCUAUCUACUUUGAAGGCUGAUAACCAGUGAGCUUAUAAUUUUCAGUAUCAUUGAAUACUUAUGUAAAUACAUAUUUAAAAGUUGAUCACAUUAUCAAACAAACAAACAAACAAACA